AUGGAUGGAUGGAGGUCGUCGACACAGCGUCGUGGGUUUUUCGAGUUUUGUUCGGGCGUAUUAUCCGCAUAUCCCGCUAGACUUGAUUAUUAUAGUGUCACUGCGAUACGUAAGACUCCCAAUAACUUUGAUGAUUCUAGUCAAACAUUCGGAUGGUUAGAAACUUCCAAAAUGACUAUCACUUUCAAACCAUCCCUUCAAGAAAUUCACGAACUUAUUCCCCAGGGAAAUACAAUACCUGUAUAUGCCCAAAUACCAGCAGACUUACUUACACCUGUAAUUGCUUAUUUGCGCCUUGUAACAAAUGGCCGGUUUUCUUUUCUAUUCGAAUCUGUGGCUGGAGGUGAAAAAAUAGGACGUUAUUCUUUUAUUGGCGCGGAUCCUUACAAAAUACUUAAGACAGGUGAAAAGGAAGCUGUUACUGGUGAUCCUCUUAUUGCCUUAGAGAAAGAACUUAAAAGUAUCAAAUUUGUUCCUAUUCCUGGUAUCCCUUCAUUUACUGGUGGAGCAAUUGGAUAUAUCGCAUAUGAUUGUGUGAAAUACUUUGAACCACGUACAGCACGUGAAUUACAUGAUCCAUUUGGUUUACCAGAUUCUGUUUUCUUAUUUUGCGAUACAUUAAUCAUUUUUGAUCACAUUUAUCAGUUAUUAAAUGUUGUAUCACAUUAUCGCGGUGAUUCUACGGAUCCAAAAAUUAUUGAAAAUCAAUACCAUCUUGCAAUCGAAAAAAUACAACGCGUAUUAAAUUUAUUGCAAACGGAUCUUACACCUUCAGUACCUCAGAAAGAAAUCCAAUUGAAUCAAGCCUGUACUUCUAAUGUUGGCAAAAAGGGUUAUGAAACAUUUGUAACACAAUUAAAAAAGCACAUAAAGAAUGGCGAUAUCAUUCAAGCUGUUCCAUCUCAAAGACUUACACGACAUACUUCUUUACAUCCUUUUAACGUUUAUCGAUAUUUACGUACACUUAAUCCAUCACCUUAUAUGUUUUAUAUAGAUCUUGAAGAUUAUCAAAUCGUUGGAGCAUCUCCUGAACUUUUAGUUAAAGUCGAAGAUGAUAUAGUAUAUACUCAUCCUAUUGCUGGUACUCGUAAACGUGGAAAAACAAAAGAAGAGGAUGAAAAACUUGUUAAGGAACUGAUUAAUGAUCCAAAAGAAAGAGCGGAACAUAUUAUGUUAGUUGAUCUUGGAAGGAAUGAUGUCAAUCGUGUUUGUCAGCCAGAAACUGUUAAGGUUGAUUCAUUAAUGGAAGUUGAGAAAUAUAGCCAUGUAAUGCAUAUUGUAAGUCAGGUAUCUGGUAAGCUUCGACCUGAAAAAACUAGAUUCGAUGCAUUUAGAUCAAUAUUUCCUGCUAGUACGGUCUCAGGUGCUCCAAAAAUUAGAGCAAUGGAACUUAUUGCAGAACUUGAACAAGAAAAAAGAGGCGUCUAUGCUGGAGCUGUUGGACAUUUUGAUUUUGCAAAUUCAAUUGAUACUUGUAUAUCAAUUCGUACUAUGCUUUUUAAAAAUGGUGUGGCAUAUCUUCAAGCAGGUGGUAUAGUUUAUGAUAGUGUAGAAGAAGAUGAAUAUCAAGAAACUAUUAACAAAUUAAAAUCUAAUGUUGUUUGUAUUGAUGAAGCUGAAAAAUAUUAUUAUAAUUUACAGAAUCAUAAUUAUUAA